AUGGGCUCCGAGAAGCUCUCCGAGAAGCAUGCGCUUCCUUUCAAGACGAAGAACAAACUCAAGCGAAAUGAUUACAACCUCAAGCAGAAGAAGGUCCGCGAGGCCACCAAGAGAGAUGAGAGGAUGCGCAGGAAAAGGGAAGAAGCCAAGAAUCCCCGCCUGAAGGAGGAGCGAUUGGCGCGCAACGUUCCCGUAACCAUCGACAAAAAGCGUACCUGGGAUAUUGUCGACAGCGACGACGACAAUAUCCUGAAUGCGGCGGUCGAUGUCGAGCGGUUAAAGAGGCAGAGGCUCGCGGCGGAGGAGGCUGCUGAGCAGGCGGAGGAGGAGGAGGAGGAGAGCGAGGCGGAGGGCGAAGACAGUGACGAGGACGAUCGCGACAGCAUGCUUGACGAGUCUGAGAGCGACGAGGAGGAGGAUGAGGAGGAGGAAGAGAAGGUGUCGAAAAAGAAGAAACGGGCAGAAUCUCCUCCACGGACGCAACGUGCGUCGAGCCCUUCGGGGUCCACGGCAACCACGAACCUCCACCUGACUCCCGAGAGUCUAGCAGCCAAAUUCCCGGCCCUUUUCGAGCCUCAAACGAAAGAACCUAAAAUCCUGGUCACAACCGGAAUCAACAGCACCUUGCACAAAGAGGCAGAGCUCUUCACGAAGCUCCUCCCCAACAGCAAUUACGUUCGCCGCUCUGCACACCGCUACGGACACAAGUACUCAGUGAGGGAAAUCUCCAAAUUUGCGGCCAAUCGCGAUUACACUACCGUGGUGAUCUUGAUGGAGGAUCAGAAGAAGCCGUCUGGUCUGGACAUUGUGCAUUUGCCUAAUGGACCCAUGUUCCAUUUCAGCAUCAGCAACUGGGUAGAAGGCGCCAAACUCCCUGGGCAUGGCAACCCUACCGAGCAUUACCCCGAACUUAUCCUCAACAACUUCCGCACUCCUCUCGGUCUGCUGACCGCACAUCUUUUCCGCACCAUGUUCCCGCCUCAGCCCGAGCUGGAAGGCCGGCAGGUCGUCACACUCCACAACCAGCGUGAUUACAUAUUCGUACGCCGACACCGUUACAUCUUCCGUGACAAGCGCGCAAGCGAGAAGAGCGUGGUUGGUACAGAUGGCAAGCCGAUAAAGGGUGUGGAAGAUAUACGAGCAGGUCUCCAGGAGCUGGGUCCUCGAUUCACGCUGAAGCUGAGGAGAAUAGAUAAGGGAAUCCAGAAAGCAAGCGGCCAGGAGUGGCAAUGGAAGGCUGGAAGCGAGAAGGUCCGGACACGGUUCGCGUUGUAA